GAUUUCAACUCAACUAAAGCAAAACCAAUAAGAUAAAAAUACGCAUUGAUCAAACACAGAAAAAUGGCUUUGGUCACACGAUAAACUGUAGGCUUUUUACCGACAGUAAUAUUCUGACAAAAAAAUAACACAAGCUUAUAUCACCCCCAACAAAGCCUGAUACAAACUGUGACUGAAGGUCAUUCUUGGCAAACUGAGAUCACGCCAAAGAGUUGUUUUAAGCUUUGAGAGUACACUUGAUCUCCUUGCGUAGAGAAGAAAAAAUGAAAGUCCAAUUUCUCUUACUUUUUAAUAGUCAAUACUAGCCAAUUYCCUUCUAAGUUCAGAAAUAUCUAAUAGUUAUUAAAGCUCAUUGUAUCGUGACUUUGACUGAUUUAUGUAAAUUAGCAAUAUAAAACGUUUAUUGAUCGACAGAUUUUUUUUCAAAYGSCUACACYGCAAGUCUGGCAGGUACAGUUUAAGUGUCGACAGGGUCAUCGAAGCAAGCAAGACGGACCUACUUAUUGCUUGCUACUUCUAAAGUUAUCAAAAUGGCGUCGCAAGUUCUAGACAAAACAGGUGUAGCGUUUUCUGGCGGUGYAGUCCGUUCAGCAGCCUUCUGUUCUGGUGUUCUACGAAGAUUKCUACAAAAGAGAGUCYCKAUCGACUAUUUGAGUAGCGUAUCUGGUGGUGGGUACACAGCCGCGUCGUACAUGGACUGGAAAUACCGUKACGGAAAAAAGGAUGAUCCAGCUUGGCACAAAGAGUACUUUGAGAAUUUACGAAGUCACUCUAACCCUCUYUGUGAUUGCUUCAAUCCAGUGCGCGGGAURGUGGAUGGUGUUCUGAUGGUGCUUGUUCUUCUUGUUCUUACAGUAGUACUUCCCCUACUGAAAGCGUUUUCGUUUGUUAUUCCAAUAACCUUCAUCGUUGAUUCCUUUYUUGGGAAGAUUCUUAGGAACCAGUUCGAUUGCCGUAAAGUAAARAUAACUGGAACGGCGAAACGAACCCYAGUUUGCACCCCGAGAGUAGGUCAUGCAAUGCCAGAAAUCCUUGCGAUUACAAUGGUGAUGUUCGCAUUGUUUCUGCUUUCGCACUAUCUCGCCAAAAGAAUACGGCAAGGAACACUGAAAGAUGUCUUCACGUAUUUCUAUCACAUAUCAGGAUUUGGAUUCGCUAUGAUUUUUCUCCCUUGGGUUUUAGAAAUGUUUGAAGAAGUAACACCACCCUGGGCCGAUUAUCUCGGAGUAAGUUUGGUGUUUCUAGUUUGGGUGGCCUUCCCCUCUCGCAGACACUAUGCAUUUAAAACUCUCGUUAUCUUGGUGUACGCAUACUUUGUAAAYUGGACCGUCUUUAAAACUCCUUUAGCUGGUAUAGAAUACGAAGAUCAACUGUACGGGAUUCUGGUUUGGAUUUCAGUGUUUCUCUUGUGCAUUGUUCCGUACCUUGGAGUAAUGGGAAUGUAUGGGGGGCACCUUUUCGAAGAAUGGAGACUGACGAGGGCGUAUUUUUCUUCUGAGAGCACYAGGGCUUGUUGUUGGCAUUCACGCUGUAUAGAUGAGACGACGGCCUUAACCUUUGCAGACCUGAAGGGCAUGAAACCAGAAUACAAAUCCAAUGUAACAGUUAAUAAUUGGCGUAAAACAGACGCCGAAUGUGAAAAGGACUACGAGGUUCUCACCUUCUCCCCCACCGUCAUCGAGAGGAUUGAUGGCAAGCACGCAGAGUUUAGUUCAGAAGAAUUCAUCAAACCAAAACACAUGCGAUUGUCUUGUGCUAUGACAACAUCAGGUUCUGCUAUUGCACAUGACGAUGGCAUAUAUCAAAAAUCCCAUAAGGACUCACGUGCAAUAAGAGUUGUUCUUGGCCUUGGAAUGGGAAGAAAUUUGGUGUCUCAGACUCAAAACACCAAAGUCUGGAUGCCAGUGGUUGUGACCUUKUUCGUUCAACUGAUCUUUGCAUGUGCUAUGAUUGUUGUCAUCCUUGUGCUGGACGAUGGAGACAAAAAGAGUUGGAGAACAGCUAUUUUCAUAGAGUCCAUAGUCCUWAUGGUAUAUUUUUUCCUGUUUGGUGUGAUUUCCAUAAUACCAAUAGGAAGUAAAGGAUGCUAUGGGAAAAUAACUAGGUGGUGUGUUAUCAAUAUCUUCAACGUAAGGCUCCUAAGAGUGUUAUUUGACAUAAUUGAUGUUGGAGUUACUCCCCCUCCAGUAUUGGCUUUAAGUGACGGCGGUCAUCUUGAGAACUUGGGUCUGCUUCCACUUCUUAAACUACGCRUGUCACGUAUUGUGGUGGUGAAUGGAGGUGCCUUGGGACGUGGUGCAAAUUAUGCUACUGAUCUUCUUAACGCAUUACAGCAAGCUCGGGACAAGUUAAGAUGUUCUUURARGUCACACGACAAUCGUGAUGUCAUCGAAGAUAUUCGGGAUCGUUUUGUAGAAAAGGAAGAGGGCGAACAGCCGAGGAGUUAUCGAUUCAAAGUGCAGUAUUAUGAGAAAGAUGACGGUGGAAAUAAGUGUGUCGGUGAGGGAGAGAUUCUAUUUCUGAUGCCACGGCACCCUAACGCUGGAGUGAGAUGGCUUCAAGAUAGCGACUGGAGUGAUUUUGAUGGUGACUUAGACUUGGACGAGUCCGUCUGGGGACCAGGACCAAUUUUGKAAGCCUCUGAAGUUGAUCGCCUUGCAGGAUGUUGCUUUGAAUGUUGCCAUUCCCAGCGGUUUUCUCGCAUUACAGUUCCAUUAUUGGGUGGAUUUCCUUUCCAUUCAACGGRAAACCAYUUGUUCACUUCCUCACAGCACACCGCUUACCARAGAGAAGGCUAUCACGCAUGCGUAGAGGCUGAAGCAGACGAGUUUCUUAACAAAGGUCAAAGUAUUGAAAUUAUUACUAGCCAACCACAAGAUAAUGUCGCGUCACCUCCUUUGAUAGAGGUUACAGGAGUUUGAAACUGUCAAAUAGUGGAACCACAACAUAGUGAGGAGCUCUUGAAAAACCGAUCCAUUCUUAAAAAAAUCGAUCCGAUCCAAUACUCCAUUUCACAGUUACAAGCGCCAUUUUGAAAGGUGACCAAGCCUUUGCAUCAAAGCGAGACAGAAGUUGAACCUGCAAUGAUAGAUACCUGUGAAGAAUUGUCUUAGCMGUGAGAAAAAGGAAUCAUUGCAUGCUUAACUCCUGUCUCGCUUUGAUUCAAAGGUUUGCUUACCUUUCAAAACAUCGUUUGGAACUGUAAAAUGGAAUAUUGUGUACUUAGUAAUAGAUAGUGUAUAGAUAGUGUAUAGAUAUGAUUUAUAGAUAUCAUAUAAUCAAUACGGAUUCAAUAUCACUCAUUCCCAAUGGUGUACUUGAUGUUCAGUGCGAUCAGUGCAUAGAUAAAGGGAGGUUGAAGGGGUUUCAUGAGUGUUCCAGCUUAGGUUUUUCUUUUUUUUUUCCUGAUCUGAUUGUAAAGCGCAUUCGAUUAUUUGGUAGUUUUCAUGCACUAUAUAAAUUCUAUUAUUAUCAUUAUAAUUAUUAUAGUCAUUACGUGUCCAAUAUGCUUACAUAUUCAGUUCAUAAACAGUAUAUAAUCACAGUCGGCCGUAUUCAAUAUCAUUAACGACAUUGUGCUUUAAUAUCCCGUUAAGUUCUCAUUGACGGUCUUUAAACAAAAACUUACAUAGUCUACUCAAUCACUCCCUUUGGUAAGGGAUCCCCCCCUUCCAAAAAAGAGCGCAUUGUCUGCAGUCUUAAUAUUCAAAUGUCUUGACAAUAAAUAUAAUAAGUUAAAGCCUCCUGAGUUAACUAUUUGCAGUAUACAAUAAGGGUUUUAGUCCUAUGAGCCCUGGCGACCGAAGCUCAACGGAG